AAGGGCCCGGAGCAGGGCAGCUCCCGGCGCCUCAGCGCUCGCUUUUCCUUCCCUCCUCUCUGGCCCUCCCUCCUCCCGCCCACUGGCUCCCUCCCCCAGCGCUCUCCAGCUUCUGCGCCCCAGGAGCUACGCGACAGCCUUCCAGGAUUAUGGAGUUUCUGAGCGAGAAAUUUGCCCUCAAGAGCCCUCCGAGUAAAAACAGUGACUUUUACAUGGGCGCAGGAGGUCCGCUGGAGCACGUUAUGGAGACGCUGGACAAUGAGUCCUUUUACAGCAAAGCGUCUGCAAGCAAAUGCGUGCAGGCCUUCGGACCCCUGCCUCGCGCCGAGCAUCACGUGCGCUUGGAGAGGACCUCGCCCUGUCAGGACAGCAGCGUCAACUAUGGGAUCACUAAAGUAGAAGGACAGCCCCUUCACACCGAACUGAAUAGAGCUAUGGACAACUGUAACAGUCUCCGAAUGUCUCCCGUGAAAGGGAUGCAAGAGAAAGGAGAGCUGGAUGAACUUGGGGAUAAAUGUGACAGCAAUGUAUCCAGCAGUAAGAAGCGAAGACACCGAACCACCUUUACCAGUUUGCAGCUGGAGGAACUGGAGAAGGUCUUUCAGAAAACUCAUUAUCCGGAUGUAUAUGUCAGAGAACAGCUUGCUCUGAGGACAGAGCUCACGGAGGCCAGGGUCCAGGUUUGGUUUCAAAAUCGAAGGGCCAAGUGGAGAAAAAGGGAACGUUAUGGCCAAAUACAACAAGCAAAAAGCCAUUUUGCUGCCACCUAUGAUAUAUCAGUUUUGCCAAGGACUGACAGCUACCCACAGAUUCAGAACAAUUUGUGGGCAGGAAAUGCAAGUGGUGGUUCUGUGGUUACUUCAUGCAUGUUACCACGUGACACUUCCUCCUGUAUGACACCUUAUUCUCACUCGCCUCGGACAGAUUCCAGUUACACAGGGUUUUCAAACCACCAGAACCAGUUCAGCCACAUGCCCCUCAACAAUUUUUUCACUGACUCUCUUCUUACUGGGGCAACCAAUGGACAUGCAUUUGAAACAAAGCCAGAGUUUGAAAGGAGGUCUUCCAGUAUCGCAGUUCUUCGAAUGAAAGCUAAGGAGCACACCGCCAAUAUUUCAUGGGCCAUGUAACAUACAGUACUCUUUUAUUUUUCUUUUAAUAGCAAAGUUAAACAUUCUUAUUUCUCAUAUUUAAAAGAUACCACAAUAAGCUGCUGUGUGUGGAAUUGCUAAAGGUCAAGAUAUUCAGUGAGACCAGCUUAAAUGAAUAGUUGUUAUUUAACAUUAAAAUCUAAGAAUGAACCUCUGAAAAGACUAAAUAGUUUACCAUGUGCCCAACUCCACAAACUCUGUUUUAGUAGUAAGAUUUUCUUUUUCUAUUGUACAAGCCAAUGAAAUAUGAUCAUGCAACUUAUUAAAGAAUAAAUGUGUUAAACAAA